CGUACUAAAAAUCUCCCACCUCAUUUUGGUGGCGACAAACGAAAAUCGUAUUAAAAAUCUAAAAGGCGUACAAAUUUCUUAUAUGUAUACGCGAUAUUUGGACCCAUUAUGAUUGGGCUGCGUAAAGCGAAGCCUGCGCUAGAAACCUCUGCGUCUUUCACCGACUCUAUCGUCGCCGGUUGAAAUUAAUCGGCUUCCUCUCUCUCUCUCUCUCUCUCUCUGCUGAAUUGAACAAUGGUGAGGCGAAGGCAAAGACUUGCGCGGAAGCGAUACAAGGAAGCUCACCCGGAGCAGUUUCCAAAACCAGAACCAACGCCGCCAAAGGAUCCCGACAAGAAGAAGAAGAAGAGCUUGUUCAAGAAAAAGAAACCUGGUCCCAUGAGAAAAGGCUCCUCCACGAGGCAUCCUCUCCGAGUUCCUGGUAUGAAACCUGGCGAAGGCUGUUAUAUCUGCAAGUCCAAAACCCAUAUUGCUAAGCUCUGUCCUGAAAAAUCUGAGUGGGAGAGAAAUAAGGUUUGCUUUGCUCUCUUCUUGAUUGUUAUCUUUGGGCAUAGUCUUAAGAACUGUCCGGACAAGAACGAUGAUAGUAGCUUCGAGAAGAAGUUGUGUUACAACUGUGUAGAUACUGCCCAUUCACUUUCUCAUUGUCCUCAACCUUUGGAAGAUGGAGGGACGAAGUUUGCAAGUUGUUUCAUAUGCAAAGAACACGGGCAUAUAAGCAAGAACUGUCCUCAAAACAAGCAUGGAGUCUACCCAAUGGGCGGUUGUUGCAUAGGGUGUGGGAGUGUGGCGCAUCUCGUCAAAGACUGCCCCGAUAAACUCAACAGAGAUUCAGCUCCAACAAAGAGCUCAAGAUUCGAUGCUACACCAAGAGGGAAACUCACCAAGUUCAGUGGGGAUGAUCUUGAGGACGAUUUCUAUGAAGAGCCUAAAAGUAGCAAGAAGAUCAAGACUUCUGAUGAUGUUAUUACACCUGAUAAUUUAGAUGAGAAGAGCAUCCUUAAAAAGAAACCAAAGAUUGUCAAUUUCUUUGGAUGAUCACAAAUCAGCUAAAAGGGCUGUCAGUUUUGUAGGAAAGAUCUAUUUUUUUUGUUCUCUAUCUGCCUGCCUCUUACAGUCAUGUAAUGACAAAUUGAUUGCUAUUUAAAAGGUUCAGAACAA